AUCAGUUGCUGUCCCGCAACUAUCAGAUGGAGCGACAAUUCAACAUCCGACACGGUGCUCGGAAGCGAAGCUUUAAUGUUGGUCAACAAGUUCUGGCGAGAGACUAUCGCAUCCACUAUCCUAAAUGGGCUAUGGGCCAUGUGCUAUACAAACGUGGUAACGUGAUCUACGGUAUCCAGGUUGGGACGGCAGUUUGGGUAAGACAUGCCAAUCAGCUGCUAGAAGCACGGACUGGGGAACAAGUGCAACAACAAGUACCAGCAACGCAGUUACCUCUGGACAUCCUGGCCGACGCCGGUGAAGCGAAGACUCCCCAACAAGCCCCAACACAGCAAGCACAACAUUCGCCCCGAAACCUAGCAGCACAGAGGCCGAAGCGGCGACGCAAAUUCGUGUCACCCAUGCAAGUCAACCCCAAGCUGAAAUCUUACAACACAACUCAAAGGGGGGAAGUGUUAGGAAGGAAUACACGAGUCGAACAAGCCAGGACCCCAUCGCCUCGGCCGGCUAUCCAAACUCAUCCGCCCUGAUUGGGGCGAACAGAAAGCCAACCAGGAGAAGCGGCCAAUGAACGCUAGGUUGAAGUUCCCUUAUUGGCUGUAAGUUAACCUUUCCAGAGUUUUCCACGGUC